AUGGCGACUGGCUGUAUACUUCAGGUGCGGCACUGUGCCAAGACUUCGACACUGUCCGACGAUCUCUGCAAGCCGUUUUACAAUGUUGUUCAUAACACUGAAGGAUGUCUGUCGUCUCGAACCGCAUCAGAAGAGCCGUACUUAUGCGAUGUCAUUUCACGAUUGUCAACGCUUCAAGGCUCUGCUCCGAAAGACUCUGAGAAUCCUCAUAAAAACAUUAUACAUAAUCUCUGUGCCUCCGCUGGCAGCCUAUUAGGUGAUCAAUUUCCUGGUACCUACGACGGUUCUGGGAUUGUGUACGGCAACGCCUCCCGCCUGUGCGAUGCCAUCUUGGCAUUCCUGUAUGCCGUGUUCAGUGAUGUACAUGGUAACCAGCCGUACGUCGCUGGUAGAGAUGUAUUACAUGAUGUGAUUGUGGAGUUAAAAUCCCAACUAUGGCGUGGUCACAAGGGGUUUCGUCAAGCCAUCCCCAAGGUGGUCACUGGCCUCCAGAGGUACAACGCCGCUGUCGAGGCUUCUAACGAGAAAGUCAAGGAGCCGAUUGAAACUGUGUUGGAUUACGUGGCACCGGAUGGUCAGUUGCGUAAAGGUAUACAAGCUUUGCAGAUAACGGAGACAUCUACGUCCACUCAAGAUGAGAGAACUGUCGAGUCCGCUGCCUCACUGGUGGAGGACUGCAAAGAGGUUGCCCGGGUCUUCUCUAAGAGCUUGACGGCGGCAACAAAUGCCAUUAAUGACCUGAACCCCAAGCUGAAAAGGAAGCUCGAGGACGCCAGGAGGAGCUUUUUCAACCACGUCGACUGGCUGAGCAGGUGGUCCAAGAAGGGGCAGAAAAAGCGGUUGGACAAGAUGGUACAGAAAAUCAAGACCAGGCUUAAAAAGCUCGCAAAGGCAGUUAGAUACAGAAUUCGACAAGAAGUGCAUGCCGUUGUCGUGUUGUCGAAGGACCGUGCCAGUGAGAUUAAAAUGAAGUUGGAAGGUGUCACUGCCAGUCUGGAGGAAUAUGUCAAGGAACUCGGACAGUGGAUGGGUAAGGCAAAAAAGUAUAUUCAAGAUGUGAAAAAGUAUGUUGGUAACAUCAUGGAGCAACUUGAUGGAGAGCAUAGAAAGGCGAUUGAUCAGGCCGCCGCGGACAUUGAUAGUGAGCUUGGCAAGAAAGUUGAGGAGUUGAAUAAGUGGAUCACUGAGGCAGAGACAGCCGUCAGUGUGGUUAAGGAGAAGGCGGAAAAUGUCUAUGGGAGGUUGGAUAGGGAUAACAGUACGACGAUUGGUGGAGGACUUAAGAAGAUUGAAGCUGCAAGAAGCAAAGUUGAGAGCGUGAUGAUUUGGAAGAUCGGAAAGAUGCCGCGCACGGUGUGCUCACCAGCGCUGCUGGGAAGGCUGGAGAGGUGA